GCAAUGAAAUGUUUUAUGCAUAGAAAUACACUCGAAUCCUUUGAAAUUCAUUAGAACAAAUAAUAAUUGAAAUACAUGAAUGAAUAUGUAUGACACCCUUAAAUACUAAAAUCUUUUAAAAUGCAUAUGUAUGACACCCUUAAUAUCCAAUGACCGCAUAGGCUCACUCUCCGAGUCUCCUGUAUCUCUCCGUUUGUGCUUGUGCAGGGAAAAGGCCCUAGAAAAACCUAUCACAUAGCUGCAACCAGCCUAUCCCCGGAUUCACCUCUGCGCAACUGCAAUUACUAUGCGUUUAUUCUGUCUGGUGUGCGUCUGACGCCACGCGAUCUUUUCCGAGCUGAACAAGUACAUUCUGUUGAAAACUAUAGAGGAGCGAAUACCAGUCUGAUGAUACCUAGAAAUGGAAAUGCAGCUCACUUUGGGAAGUGAUGCAGAUCUCCAUCUUAGAAGCUCCCCAGAAAAGAAGGAUGGGGGCUUUACUUUUGGACAGGUGAAAUGUGUAGAAAAACUCAUAGAGUCAUCACAAGAACUUGCUUUACCAGAACGGAUGAUGUGCUCACAGGAUCAUGCUGUAUUGGAGCAGGUAACAACAUCCUUGGAAGAUCAUACCACACUUCUGCAGCCAGCCAGAAGACAAACUCGGAAAUGGGCUGCAUGGACGCAUGAAGAGGAGGAAAGUUUUUUCUCAGCAUUACGACAUGUUGGCAAGAACUUUGAAAAAAUCACCAACCGUGUUCAAAGUAAAAACAAGGAUCAGGUUAGGCACUACUACUAUCGUCUUGUUAGGCGCAUGAACAAGUUGUUGGGGCCAGACUUUUUCCUUGAUGCCAAAAACUCGAAAGACACUAAUGCUGCUAUGUUGCGAUGGUGGUCUUUACUGGAAAAGUAUAGCUGUAAAGCUUCAAAGCUUCACUUGAAGCCCCGAAGGUUCAAAAUUUUCAUUGAGACCCUGGAGAAUCAACUCUUGAAAGACCGAAAAAAGAAUGUUAGAAGGUGUUUUUCUCAAGGGGAAAGCACAUCAAGUGCCCCUAUUUCUCUUCCACAUCAAGGCAGGACUUCCGGUCAUGAUAGUCAGUCAGUCAAAUUGGUCCUUCUUGAAAAUCAAGACAUACAAAAAUUUGGGUCUGGAAAAGGAUCAUUGCUAAAACGCCAUGUAAAUAUAAGUUCCAACAGUACCUCACAUAAAGCAUCUUCUCCCCCUCUUAAACCAGCUAGACAUCGUCGAAAGAUAGGUGCUGUAUCUGCAGCUACAUAUAAAAGAUGGGAAAAGGCUGCAAUUGCAGGGGUUUCAUUGGUAGCUGAUGCUGCUGAGCAUUUGGAGCGCACAGCCAAUGAUACUUUCCAGGAUAUACAUGUGCAAAAUGGUUUGGAACAUGGUGGAGGAGUUCCACACACUUUCCCGACUUUGUUGCAUAAUCCCUUCAAUGAGACCAAUUUGCAGAGUUCAAGGAAACUAAAACUCCAACUUUUUCCUAUUGAUGAUGAUACAAGAAGAGCUUUGGAACUGGAUAACCAUAACCCACAUCUGGAGCUCACUCUAAGUACACAGAAGAAGAUAUCAUCAGUAAUGGAACAUCUCAAUCGCAAAUGGGGUAAUUCUAGCGUGGCACGUGGAGAUUUAUUGCUUUUCCCUUACCAUUCACAAAAAGAAAACAUGGUGCAUUUUCAGAAAUGGACCAAGGAUUCUACCCUCACUGCUGCGAAUGUAUAUGUACUAGUUGGAAGCCCUCCUGUUUUCCGUCUUAGGUAUGGGUGGUUUUCAAAUGCCGAAGAAACACUUUUGGCACCAUCUCUGUCUGCCAUACCAUGUGGACGUGAUCCAAAUAUCCAUAUUGUGCAAGAAAAAAACAUAGUGUUACCAGCUGCUUCCUCUGAUUCCCCUACAGGGGCGAAAUGUUGUUCUACUGUGAACAGUAUGAAUAUUUCAAGAAGUUGUGAACAUACUGAAGCUGUUAGUUGGGAACGUUCUGAAACCAUAAUGACACGUGCAGAAGUGUUUAACAAGACUAGUACCUCAUGUGCUGGGGAAUGGGCUGACAGCCUUACAAACAUAAGUGUCGGAGAUCUACUCUCUGAAGUACAUGAUGUUGAAGAUGCCAAUGGCACAACUUCCAAAAUACCUACUAGCAGUUCUAAUUAUGUUAAUCAUAUACCAUUCAACUGUGACUCCUUUGAUGCCGCAAUUGCUGCUCAUAUAAAGAAACAUCAAAAUAUAGCGAAUGCACAUACUGCCUCCCAAUCUGCACUAUCAACAAUUUGGGGUGCCGAAGAUACAUGCGAUGCAUUUGCGUUUCAGGGACGCUCUCACAGUACGGAAGUGCAGAAUUCUUCCAAGAAUACUACUCCAGAGAAACAGAUGAAUUUGGAAAAUGCUGCUGCUGCUGCUGCUGCUGCUGUAUUGAGCACAUUACUUGAGGGGCCACCUGAUACUGGGAAUCCUGUUGAUGCCACGGCUAGCGCAGACCUAGAAAGUGUACCUGACCCCCCGUCUACUUCAGAUGUGGUGAAGGAUUUUAAUGCAUUCUCUGAUGUAUCUUGGGUAACAUCUUGUUCUUAAACAUCCUUUAGUGUUUUUUUAAAACAUGCUUUAAUGUUUGUGAAAUUUCGCUCCCAUGUACUACUAUUGGUAAGGUGCAACUAUUCCAAAUGAUUAGAUGUUGCUUUACUUUAAAUUGAUUUUCUUGGUUUAGAUAUGUUUAACAUGAAGGGGAGCCUUGGCACACCGGUUUAGGUGUUGCUGUGUGACUGAGAGGUUACAGGUUCAAGUCUUGGGAGCGGCCUCUUGUCAAAAUUCAAAAGGGGAUGCCUUCAUGCACCGGGCUGCCUUUUUUAGUUCUGUUUAACAUACCUCAUUGUUUGAGACCACUUUUAAUAGAGUACAUCAACUAUAAUAAAAGGUAGCUUACUUUGUGCAAAUAUGACUUUUGGGACAAAAAUAAAUUUAGGGAAAACUAACAAAUAAGCCUCAUACUAUAUAAAAAACGUCUAUUAAGCCCUUGUACUUCAAAAUCACAAUCAAGCCCUCAAACUUAUAAAAAAUAUUCAAAUUAGCUAUUUAAUCCGUCACCUCCUAGUUUCCCUGUUACCAUAGUGUCCACGUGUACCAUUUUUAAUUGUUUUUGUAUAAAUAUUUUUUUUUUAGCAAAAGUCAACUGAUCUAUCUCUUCCUCAGACACAUACUCCAAUACGUAUGUCAUAUGCUUCUCCAAAGUAGAGCUUAUGGACCUCAUCAAUACGAUUGAUCAUGGGAGAUGACUUAAUAUUCAUCCAAAAUAAAUAAAAAUAAAAAUAGCACACCGUUUGGAAGGUGGACGAUGGAAUAAGGAGGAUUAUAUUACAUAUACUGGCAGGCUGGAUUGGAAUUCAUUGUCAGUGAUUGAUCAGGGUGGCCAUUGAAAAUGAAGCUUGAUAGCUACUAGUGGUAGCCAUUCGCUGCAGUAGAUUCAUUAUAGGAACUGAGUCUUAUAGCUAUUUGGUAAUUUGAUGAAGCGACCGCCGGAGAUACCACCGUGCUGCCGCUGCCAUCUGAGGAGUUGUUGUUGAUGGAGUUCUUUAAGCUGGGAAAAUAAUAUAAUCCAAAAGAGCGUUGACGAUCUAGAAAAAUUUCAAGAAUAGCAGGUGCUUGGAAGUCGGAGACUGUUCUCCAAUGAGCAGAGCCCUGGCUGGAUUCAACCCUACUCGGUAGUUAGUAGCUCCGGUUAGCGUUAUCGGAGACUCGAAGGGGCACCAGCUGAAGCUUGGUGGUGAUGACGAGGCUUUUGCUUCAUGCUGGUGGGGAGCAGAUUGAUCCUUCAAUUUCUUCUCCUUGAUUGAUUGGUUGUCUACGAAGAAUAUAGAUUGAUUUUUGGGAGCAUAUGACCUCGAUAGAAGAGGAAGAAACUGAUUGACUUUUUCUAACAGUAGAAUAUACAAAAUGAAUUAAAUAUAGUGACACGUAGACAACAAGUGAGCUGCAAACUGGCAAACUGGAAAGUGUCCGACUAAAUUGCUGAUUUGAACGUUUUUUUUUUGUAAUUUUGAGUUAAUUGAGUGAUUUUGGAGUAUGAGGGCUUAAUUGAUGUUUCUGAUAUUGUAUGAGGGCUUAUUUGAUAGUUUUCCCAUUAUUGUAUGAGGGAAGGAAUCACAGAGUGAUAACUGUUUUUGAAGAUUAAUGGGUCAAUUGCAAAGGGCGGACCUGGCAUAACUGGUAGAGGCUUUUGAAGAUUAUCGGGGGUUCAAAUCUGUCUUCUUGCAAAAAAGAAGGAAAUAUGAACCGUCAUUAGCCGACCCCACAAUCUUUUGGGAUUAAGGCUUGGAUGUUGUUGUUGUUGUUGUUGUAUUUUGUGGUAGUUCAGCACUACGCUAUUGACCAUCCUGCUCAUAAUUUUUUCUAUCGUUUCUUUUUGCAGCCUGACUCUUUAGGACCGUUAGAUUUGGAUAUACCUUCCGGUAGAUGCCACCACAGUGAAGAUCUGAUUUUAAGUGAUAGUCUUGGUGGUGGCUUGAACCAGCUCAUAGCUAGCAGUCUGGACGCUUUCCAAAACUGCUCAUUUUUAGGCUCUGUCAAGAAAGAAGCAAAAUCAACUUGUGACGCUCAAGAACUAUUGUAGUAUUUUCAGACUACUGUAUACAAAUUUGCACAUAAGUUUUGAACCAUGGGCAGGUUGAGAGAAUGAUCUCUUUGUUGGUUCCUUAUUAAUAUGCAACCCCCUUUGUACAGCACUACUGACUUGAUCAGCUGUCCAAUUUCGUUUUUGUUCUUUUCUUCAAGGGGGGAUGCACAUUUUAAAGAGAGUAUUACGUGCAAUAAUUAUGGAUUAAUUCACCUUUCUAGUUGGUCCAUUAAAA